AUGGAUCUCUGUCAGAAAAAUGAGACUGAGUUAGAAAAUAGUGAAAAUAAGGAAAUUCAAAGCCCAGAAGAAACGGAAUUAACCUAUACUUGCCCAGAUGAAAGAAGUGAAAAGAAUCAUGUUUGUUGUCUUCUCAAUAUCAGUGACAUUACGCUUGAACAAGAUAAAAGGGCCAGCGAAUUUGUCAUCGGAACUGGAUGGGAAGAAGCUGUCCAAGGCUGGGGAAGGACUUCUCCAACUGCCUGCAUCUGGCCCAGGAAGAAGCUUAAAAAGGCGAGGGUGGGAGAAAGUACCAGCAGCUGCUUACUCUGUGGCAGUCUCUCCCAAGGGAGCGCUGAGGCCAGGCCUCAGGCCCAGGCGGAGAAGUUGGGGUUGGGGGCUCCGGCUGAGGUGGGUCCGGAGAAGGAUCAAGGCAGCCCCUCCCAGACUCAGGGGACCCCUCCGGGCCCCACCGCUGCCUCCAGGGAGAUUAGCAAGAUCUGCUUUCCCCCCUAUGGUCAGGGAGAGAAAAAAAAUCUGCAAAUAAAGGAGUUUAUUUGGUGCAAGGAAGACUGGGCCACCCCUGAGGCUCUUAGGGGCAAGGACUCCAGAAGCCCCAGCAGAGGUCCCUCCAUCUCAGACUCCUUGACUUCCAGGGCCCUUUUAGUUCUACCUCCCCUGAAGGCUUCACCCCCAAACGGCUUGGAUGUUCUGGGUAAGAAGAGUAAGAACUUCUUCUUGCAGCCGGAAGAGAAGGUGCUGAGUGUGGAAAAGGAUGAGUGUGUGGCUUGUGCAUAUGGAUUGAAAACAGUUGACGGGAAAGGUGAAAAGAGACCCAUUGAGCUGGCCAAGCACCCCAAGGGCAAUGACGCACUGCCUUUCCCUCCCCGGGUGGCCCCGACAUCCCUGCUGGCCGAUCCGGAGCGGUGCUGCCUACACUGGUCGCUCCUGCCUGAGAAAAACCCGAUGUGCCCUCCCAACCCCAGCAAUGUGCGCUAUCUCGCCACUGUGCAGCUUUUGCAGAAACACGGAGUGCAAAACUACAAAGCCAAAUUCAAAGCCAGGGAGCCAAGACCUCCCGUCAACACCCAAAAGCGCAUUCUCACGGAGGCCAAGCAGGAACACAGGCCCCAAAAUUUGGAGACCAAAGUGUUCCCGAGAACUCUCUUGCCAUCCCUCACCGUGAGCAGAGUUGUUAUUCCUGUCUCCACUCACAGACUGCUCUGA